GAAUUAGGUAAGGGGAGGAAGUUCAUAGGUCAAAGUGGACAUACAGUGAGCUUCGCCAGCGCCCGCCUCACGCCAGACACACGCCGAUACAUUUUUCGAUCAUUGCCCAUAAACCGUUGGUGAUUAUGAACCGAUCAAACUACGCGCACGCCGGUGAGGUUCUCCGUGAACUGAACAGUCAGAGGGAGCGGGCAGAGCUGACUGACGUGGUUCUGGAGGUGGGAGGGAGAAGUUUCCCCUGCCAUCGUGCCAUCCUGGCCUCCUGCAGUCCCUACUUCCGCGGCAUGUUCACCAGCGGCUACGCGGAGGCCAAACAGGAGAGGAUCAGCAUCCAGGAUGUGAGUCCGGUAGCCAUGGCAACCAUUCUGGACUACAUUUAUGACAAAAGUGGCUGCCUUCAGUCGGAGCCAGACCAGGUCCAGGCUGUGAUGUCUGCAGCAAGACUGCUACAGGUGGAUUUUGUCUGUAAAGAGGCAGCAGAAUACAUGAAGAACCAUCUGGACGUGUCCAACUGUACAGAUGUGUUGAUGUAUGCUGACAUGCUAGGGGACCUGGUGCUAGUAGACUACUGUGCGACGUACAUCGCAUCCAGGUUCGACCAGGUGGCGCUCCAACCAUCCUUUCUCCAGUUGCCGCUUGCCCUGCUCCAGUCGCUACUCACCAGGGAUGAUUUACUGACCAACUCAGAAGACAACGUUGUCCAAGCUGCUCUGAGAUGGGUUGAAUUUGACCAAGAAGUACGCUUGAGACACCUUCCUACCCUCUGCAGUUCCUUCCGUCGUUCCUUCCUUAGCUCCAAACAACUUGUGGACCUGGAGAAGAAGUGCCCUUCAACCGACAUCAGGUUGGAUUAUAGCGACAGCACAACCCAGCGGCUGGGACAGGAGCGAACUGAAAUGCAGAUUUUCCUCAGAGAGCCAGAUUCUGUUUGCAACUAUUCUGCUCCUUGCUACGACCCUUCAACAGGCAGGUUGUAUACAAUGAAUAAACCUCACAGUAUAUUUGGCUAUUCUAUGGCAGUGACUCCCGGAGAUGAGCUGUAUGUGGCAGGGGGUCUUUUUCAUACUCGGAACAGAAGGGACGAGAAGCCGAAGAACUUUCUUGAGUAUAACCACCUGUUGGACACCUGGGAGCCAAGGUGUGACAUGAUCUCACACAGAUUCAGGUGUGCUCUGGUGUAUCUGAAGGGGUACAUCUAUGCCAUCGGUGGUGAUGACGCUAAGGAAACAGCGGAGAGGUACGACCCCAGCCGUGAUGAGUGGACGUCCAUACCGCCCCUCCCCCGCCCCGUGAGCUCAGAACUUUGUGCUGUGGCUCUUGGUGACUGUGUCUAUGUGAUAAGUCAGGAAGGCUGCUACAGCUUCAGUGUCACAGACAACACCUGGAGCAAGACAUCAGACAUGGUCAGACCGCCUCUUUACCCUCAGGCCAUCUCGCAUAGGGGAAGCAUCUAUUGUAUAGACUGCGUCAAAAGAUGGGGAGACAGUUCGUCGACUCGGGUAGAGGUGUACAACCCUGCACAAGGCAAGUGGAGGCAGCCAGGUAAAACCUCUUUUACCUUCAGAACAGCAACCCUGCUGGAGUAUGACAGGACUAUAUACCUCUUUACCUUAAACAGUGCCGGGCUUCAAGACCAAAGGAAAGAUGGUGCGAUUGACGUGUUCCAGUACCAGCCAAACACAGACUCCUGGCUUUUAGUAGUAGACACCGGCAGGCUGGUUCCCCCCAUGCGAGGGUGGCUAGUUGACUUGGGUAGUCCAGAUUGCUUGCAGGUGGCUAGGACAGACUGCCUGACGGCAAGGAUGGUCCCGAAGGGCCUGAGUCGUGACCCUUCAGGAUACAAGGAACGUUCCCGUCAAUGUAGAGAUUGGCUCGGGGGUAACAACACUUUCUCAGACUCAUCCGGAAGCAAGGAUGGCAGUGAGGACGACGUCUCAGACCAUGAGGACAGUGAGGACAACGUCUCAGACCAUGACGACAGUGAGGACGACGUCUCAGACCAUGAGGACAGUGAGGACGACGUCUCAGACCAUGACGACAACAGUGAUGAGGACAGGGAGAGCGGAAGUGACGAUGCCAAUAUCUAAGACACUAGCACAUCACCUCACCUAACCUCACCUAUCCCUUGACCUUCUGGUGGGUCGUUUGGUCACCAUAACUACUUGUUGCACUGCCCUCUUCCAUCUAUCUCUAGCUUCUGCCAUACGCAUCGCUUCCGCUUGGCUUAAGCCAGUCCACUCUCUUAUGUUAUCUUCCCAUCUUUUCUUCUGUCUUCCUCUCUUCCGGCUUCCAGGGACUGUCCCUUGUAGUAGGAUCUAACCACAUGUCCAAACUAGCACAUCACGGAAGAUAAAACUGAGUCUAUCCACUUUUUCAGUUGGACUGUGAUAAGCCCUCAACUUUUUAUACAGCUGAUUGGUGUGUAAUCAUCGUCACUAAUUCGUAUCUUAUCACCCAAUCUAUUAUUAAUUAUAUCUGCAUCGGUGCCAACUGACGAGUUCUAUUUGCUUAAUGCGCUUCUGUACACAAAGGAUUUUUAUGGUGAAGGGAUUCCUCGUAGGUUCCUAAAAUAGCCUUUGUGCUCUAUGUAUCGUGCGUCAUUUAGAUUUGCCACUAGUUAUGCUUUACUAGCCUUUAGUUAAUGCGAUAUAUUGUAUGCUUUUAGCUGUCAAUUAUCUAACAUUAUAUAUUAAAAUGCAUGCCAUUUUUAACCACUGUACUUCACGCUAUGCUUUAUGCCUGGGCUUCCUCAAAGCAGGUUCAAUCUUGCUUCACCACUUUGCAUGGAAAUGCUUCUACAGAAAGGGAGAAUAAGAAGGUCUAGCAACGUUUUUGUAGCAGCAAUAACAGUUACAGCACACGUUGUUCAUUAACGGCUAGAUGGCCUAAACGUUGUCGUCAAAUACACAUGAACUUUGGAGGUAACAACAAUAUUUGGUCAGUGAACAGUGUCUUUGAUGUUUUGGCAAGAACAUAUGUGUUGGUUUCGACUUGUUCCUAGGUUUGUAGUUAACGGUGUUACUAUUUUCUUGUAACAAGACACACGCACAUGUACCUAAGGUGUCUAAGUAUAUGCUGACGAAACAUCACAAUAAACAGAAACAUUUUAUGCAAACAA